AGUGAAGAUGGUUGUGAACGAUUGCAGCAUGAUCUGGAUCGAUUGGCCAGGUGGGCGGAGGAAUGGUUGAUGGAAUACAGAAAAGUGUGAGGUGUUGCAUUUUGGGACGUCGCACAAGGGCAGGACCUACACAGUAAAUGAUAGGCCUCUGUGUAGUGUUGUAAAGCAGAGAAAUCUAGGAGUACAAGUGCAUGGUUCUAUGAAGGUCGAGUCGCAGAUAGAUAAGGUGGCCAUAAAGACUUUGGCCAUCAUCAGUCAGAGUAUUGAGUGUAGAAGUUGGGAGGUCAUGUUGCAGUUGUAUAAGACGUUGGUGAGACCACAUUUCGAAUAUUGUGUGCAGUUCUGGGCACCAUGUUAUAGGAAAGAUAUUGUCAAGCUUCAAAGAGUUCAGAAAAGAUUUAUGAGAAUGUUGCCAGGACUAGAAUGUGUAAGCUAUAGGGAGGAUGAGUAGGCUGCGUCUAUUCCAUGGAGCGUUGGAGGAUGAGGGGAGAUCUUAUAAAGAUAUACAAAAUCAUGAGAGGAAUAGAUCGGGUAGAUGCACUGUCUUUUACCCAGAGUAGGGGAAUCGAGGACCAGAGGACAUAGGUUCCAGGUGAAGGGGAAAAGAUUUAAUAGGAAUCCAAGAGGUAACUUUUUCACACAGAGGGUGGUGGGUGUAUGGAACAAGCUGCCAGAGGAGGUAGUUGAGGCUGGGACUAUCCCAUCGUUUAAGAAACAGUUGGACAGGUACAUGGAUAGGACAGGUUUGGAGGGUUAUGGACCAAGCACAGGCAAGUGGGACUAGAGUAGCUGGGACAUUGUUGGCCGUUGUGGGCGAGUUGGGCCGAAGGGCCUGUUACCACACUGUAAUUAUCUAUGACCCUUUGGAGCAAUAUUUCAACUUUUUAACUAGUAGGUUGAGUCAAUGUGGUUUUGGGUUAAGAUAUUUGGCAGAGCUUUUCAUUAUUAACCUUCCCAUUUCCCAUAAAGUUCCCAUUUUUUCUCAUUUGCUUUGAUUGCAGCCUAAUUUUUUUUUCAGAAGGUCACUGCAUGUGGGAUAAAAUGACUAUUGGCUAAAAGAAAACUGCCAAUAAAAACCAAUGAAUAAGUACUUACAGAAAAAUUAAGAGCCUGCUUAUCACAUAUGUAAUUGACUAAGAUAUUUGGCAGGACAUUAAACCAUUGGAGAUGCAUUUUCCACAUUCUGUGUUCACAUAUAUUUUAUUAUUGACUAAUGCAAAAUACUAUUGAAAAUAUCCCUUAAUUCAUUUAUAACAGACCCAAAUACAAAUGAAAAUGUACAUGUCCCAUCUUACUACCAACCAUGUUUUGAUACAUUUUACCUGAAGGAAAAUCAGAUUCCAGUUUCAGUAACAUUCAUUAUUCAAUUAUAAUAUCAAAUACAUUUCAUCUCAUAUCAUUUGUAAAUGUGUUUUUAGUAAAAUUAAUGUUUAAUUACAGAAUAAUGCAUUAUUGUACUACUUCAGAAUAAACAGUAAUUAUUUAUUACUUUAAGUCAUAAUAGAUUUUGUAAUCCAUGUCUCGAAAGUCCCAGGAAUGUUUAAAAACAUGUUUAACUUAGUGGUCUUGAUAAAUCUUCAAAUAUUUAAUUUACCAUGGGUCUCCCUUUUAGUCUUUGAUCAACUAGAUCUUGUCACAUACGAAGAAGUAGUAAAACUGCAAGCCUUCAGAAGGAAGACGCUAGUAUUACUAGGAGCCCAUGGAGUAGGACGACGGCACAUUAAAAAUACUCUUAUUACAAAGCAUCCAGACAGAUUUGCAUACCCUAUACCACACACUACGAGACCCGCCAGAAAAGAUGAAGAAAAUGGCAAAAAUUACCAUUUUGUUUCACAUGAUCAAAUGAUGCAGGAUAUUUCCAAUAAUGAAUAUCUGGAGUAUGGCAGUCAUGAGGAUGCAAUGUAUGGAACAAAGUUGGAAACGAUACGCAAAAUCCAUGAACAAGCACUCAUUGCAAUUCUAGAUGUUGAGCCACAGGCACUAAAGGUUCUGAGAACUGCAGAGUUUGCUCCAUUUGUCGUUUUCAUUGCUGCCCCGACUAUUACUCCUGGCAUGACUGAGGAUGAAUCUCUUCAACGUCUACAGAAGGAGUCAGAAAUUCUACAGAGAACAUAUGCACACUACUUUGAUCUAACUAUAAUCAACAAUGAAAUAGAUGAGACCAUCAGGCAUCUGGAAGAAGCCAUUGAACUUGUGUGUACUACACCGCAGUGGGUUCCUGUAUCCUGGGUAUACUAAGGACUGGAGAGAGAAACCAUGAACUUUAUCAUUCCCUAGCAACACCUGACGUUAGACUUUGUAAAUGACCAUGCAUCAAAUCUUGCCCCUUAUAGACUGCCUAGGAUUAGUGUGCCCUAAUUUUUUUGACUAUUGUUAUGUCCUUCUAAAUGGAUGGAGAGAAAAUAUCAAACUCUGAAAGUGACAGUGUCCCUUUUUAAAAUGUGUGAGGGCUGUGCUUCCAUUAUUAAAAUCAGAUCUAUAAAUGCAUCCUGCUCUAUAAACAUUGGUAAAUCCCACAUAGAUCUGCAUUGUUAUUUGAACAGUUGCUUGUACUAAGUUUUAAUUAAGUAAGCUUUAAACACAAAUUUAUCCACCCAAAUUUUCUUUCCAAAUAAUGGAUCUGCUGAACUUUAAAACUGCAAAUAGCCUGCCUAUGUGGCUGCCUGUUUGAAAUUUAAUUUCACAUGGCUGGCAUUGUAUAAUAAAUUCAGAUAUUACAUCUUCGGAUGCCCCCUGUGAAUAAUUGGUACAAGCUUUAAGCAAUAUCUUACAUCUGCAAAGUUACAGAUACCUGCACUCAUUUGUUGAGGUUGGAUAUAGUAGGUGUAUUAAAUAGAUGUGAUUUUUUUUCACAAACCGGUCAAAUUUAAUAAAGGGGAUACUGUCAUUUACAAUUUAAAAUUGUACAAACAUUUUAGAAAUUGGAAUCAGGUUUUACUGCAUGUGGAGUUACAGAAUUCAUGCUGUUGGUGUAUCUGUGUUGGAAACUGUAUUCUACAGCAACGUACAUUCCAUUUGUUGGAAAAAUUACCCAAGGGAAUUAUUAUUCAAAAACAAUUGUAAACCUAUGCACAUCCCUUGCAUUGUGGGCAAGUUUAUAAAUGACUGAUUUUUAAUCAUGUAGUGAAAUGUGUUUGUACUUUGUUGCAAUUUAAUUUGUUCUAAGGGGAAGAAUUUGCAAUUUCGCCAUUUCAGAUAUGUGUCGUCUUUGAAUAUAAAUAUUUUAAUUAUGUUCCGUCUGGAAAAAUGGUUUAAUUUUUAUCAUUGAAUUAUAUGUAUUAAAAUGCACAAAUUUUACUAAAGAAAUACUGUGCGUAAAAAAAAAAGAUAGUUUGUGGUCAGAUACAAGCAGUUCAGCUCACGUCACAACUUCAUGCAAACUGGCCUGCAGUGCUACUGAAGAUAACGAUACAAAAAAAUUGCGAUUGGACUUUUUUUUCUAAAAGCUUCCCUUUAUGUGGUCAGUUUUUGCCUGUUUUUAUUUCCUAAUUGUCAUUCUUCAAGCUUAUAUGGAGCUUGACCUCACCCAGCCAUGUUAAAUUGAACAAGCUGCAAUUAUUGACCUUCAGUACAGCUGCCUAAGACAUUAUUGUGUUUCCAAUUACAGGGCUGUAAGUUCUAUACUUUUAUAACUGGUCAGUGGUAAGACCAGUGUGGUGCUGGCCAUCGGGAACUGAACAGUAUCUCUGGUCAUGUAAUAUAAAAAUGAAAAUACUGUGGAAAAAUGUAAAAGAAAACGAAGCACAAUUUCACAACUGGAAUUUAUUGAGCAUUUUCAUAUUUUCUGGAGUCCAUUCCGGUUAAGAGAAAAUAGUAUUUUAUAAAACUGUUCCCAUCAGGAUUUUAGAGCACAGAGGAAUGCAUUGUUUGCCUUAAGACAUUUUGUAACUUAAUUCCUGCUUUCUUUGAUGUAAUGCCAUUCCUAACAGUAUUGAAAGGAGAUUUACAUAUCUGUUAUACAUUUCAGAAAAUGCGUAUUGUUCAAAUGCCGUGGAUGCUUUCGUGAAACACAAUUGGCAAUGGAAAUCUGUAUUAAAGGAUAAGUGGUACAGUU